AAAACUUCUCUAAAACUUUGAACUUUGCGUUCUUUUUUCUUAAAAAAAAAAUCAAAUAUUUUAUUAUAAACUAUGGUUGAAAUUAUACUUAGAAUUGGCGUACUUGCAGCUAGAGAUUUAGCAGCCGCUGAUAAGGAUGGAUUCUCUGAUCCAUACGCAGUAAUCCGAAUAGCGAAUAAAAAAUACGAAACAGCAGUUAUCAAAAAAACCCUUAAUCCAGUAUGGAAUUCAUCAUUUGACAUUAAAUUAAGUGAAACAAACGUACCUCCACAUAUUACUAUAACAGUAUGGGAUGAAGAUCGUUUUGGACGCGACUUUUUAGGUGAAAUAACUAUUCCUAUUAAGCAAAUAUUUGCUAGAAAUAAUGGUGGAUUAAAUGAUGGAAUGCCUAGAACUUUUGAUGAUCCCGCUAAUCAACCUGCAGCUUAUACUUUACAAAAACGUACCGCUAAAAAUGUUGUUAAAGGUGAUAUCAUAUUAAAAUUUGGAAUUAUCGAUGAUAAAAAUAGAUCUUUAGAAGAACUAUGGCAUUUUUGGGAACAUUUGUGUAAUAGUGUUGUUACCCGAUAAAAUUCGGAAUCUCAAUACCUUAUUUUUUUUUUUUAUUAUAACGUUCUUAAUAUUCAAUAUUCACUUUCAAUUUAAUAAUUUAGAUUUAAUUCAAAAACAAUUAUAUUAUAGACAGAACGGUAAACGUUCAACUUAUAUAACUUAUAUUAAAUUUGUUAUAUUAACCGUGAGGAGUUAUUUUAAUAUUAUUGUAAUAAGUGUAUUAUUACAUAAAAUACAAUUUUUAUUUGUUUACACAACUUAUACGACUUAAUGACUUACUAAAUGUACUUCAUUAUAGAUCUAACAUGUUACACAAACACAAAACUACCUUUUAUGAUGAGGAGGCU